AUGACGGAGAAGGAUGCCGCCCAGCAGCGUGCCGUUCUGACGAGAAAGCUGAGCCCGCACUCCAUGCCCGGCGAUAGGGGAAGCAGCAGGGGUAGUUACGAGACGGGCGAGUCGAGUGCCGCUGGCAGUAUCCUCCACGACACGACGCUUUUGCCGUCCCCCGACGAGCCCAACGGCCGCCGUCCCCUUUCGUCCAGCCCUCGGGAUGCGGAAGAUACGAAUGGAUACCAUGGGAAGGAUGCGAGGAAGCAACGUGCACAAAGGCAUCGCUCUAAGGGGGCCUUUUUACUUCAAGAUGCCAUCCGUCACGAAGAUGACUCCGACAGGGAUCAGGCACCUCGCUUGCGUCACGUACGCAACCUUCCACCCAGCCGCAGGACCAAUGACCAUACGAGAACAUCCGACAAGUCAGGAUCCAGCGCUGGUCGCGAGGCCGGGCUUGGGCUUGCAGGACUGGAUAGCCUGGCCGGACAAGAUGGCGACGUUUCCCCGACGCAGCCUACACACAACCUGACGGUCAGGAAACGAGAUGCGCCGAACGGCAGGCCCCUUUCGGGAACGAGCUUCACGCCGGCCGCGAACACAUUGCUCGAUAUCGACUCUGCCCAGAUUGUUAACAUGGCCCUGAACCUGAGCGAGUCACGGAGGCAGGUAUCGCGGAGAAUAGCACCGCCCCAGGCGGUCCCGACCCUAGCUCAGCUUCCAGACGGGACGACAGGCGCCAACCUCAAAAGCCACUUACAACAGCAAAGAAGAAUAUCGCGGACGAGGUCUCCAGGGCCCGACAAGGCACUGACACCGCGGCUGCCCUCUACCGGUGUCCUCAGCAGCCCCUUGCAGGCGACGUUCGACAUGAGCCGCGAGAGCACUUUUCGUAACCAUUUCACUGCGUCGACCCUGGCUCGAGCGCAAAAGGCAAAGGAGCAUUUAGAGCUCAUGGCCCAGUACAGGCGGUUCCUGGAGCUGGUGCCUCCCAUACAGCCACAUCAUCAUCAAAGCCGCCCAACGACUGCCAGCCCGCCGACGUCCUCAGGAGGUGUUGCCAGAGUAUCGACCUACGGUAGCUCCGACGGCACCGUACGGCUCGGUCGCCCGUACAACCCAUUGCAGUACAUUCGAAACAGAAAGGUCCGCGCUCGAGAGCGCAAGGCCAUCGAUGGGGAGGGCCAAGGGUUUGGAGACAUUAUGAAAGUCGCCGACUGGGUCGACGAGGUUGCCAAAUGGGCCGCAACGGGCCAAACCGGCGUAGAUGGCUGCACGCUUCCGCCUUUCGCAGACGCAGAUGCGUCGGAGAACGCUCUUCAGCUGGCGGCGAACGCCAACAAACCACGCAGACCGAGGCUCGACUGGAUCGUAGACGCAGCAGACCUGCUUGCCGAUGCAUACUGGUUGGAGCAGGACCACCACAAACAGUUGAUCGAAGAUCGCCAUUGGCGGCGCAUAUUCCCCCAGAACGUCGACCUUCACAGACCUCUGUCCAGGCAAAACAACGAACACGGGAGCGAAUCCGGUCGAACGUCAGUCCACAGAGAGAGCGAAGAGCUGGGGCCCGCACUCGACCCCAGGACCAGCAACCCGAAGCUUGUCAAGUCAGAUACGGAGCACUCCACAGGCAGCGCCCGGGAGCGCGCUCGCCAGAAGUUGCAUGACCUCACGGGUCAUCAUCACCACCGUCACAGCAGCUCGAUGCACAGCCAUCACGACUGGCGGCAUGGCAAGACAUCCUCUGACUUUUCAGACAACGAGAACGAGGCAAGGCCGAAGGAUAGGAGGAGCCGGAAAGGCACACUCACUAGUAGCCAUCAAGACAUCUUAGAAAAGCAAAUGCUCGAGAUGAUUGCCAAGGAGGCACGAGAGAACGGUCCUAGAAGACCAGGCGGCUCGGGCUACGUGACUCCAGAGCGACAGGCUGGCGCCGGGUCUUACCCGCCAUCCCGACAACACAGCCGAAAAGCAUCCAUCGCGGAGGUCAGUGAGUCCGAUGAGAGGAAGAGUAAGGACAAGCCUCGCUUCACCCCGUUGCAUCUCCAGCGUCCGACGAGGUCUAGCCUGGAGAUUCCAGCAACGGCUAGAAGAAGCUCGUUCGAGAUAGAUUCGUCAUUACCCAACUCUCCCGACGGUGCAGUCCGCGGGGACCCUUUCAUUCCGGCGCUUGGUGGAGAUCUCUCACCAGGAUCCAGCCGUGCCAACUCUCCUACGCGAAACCCCUUCGUAAAGGUCAGGCAGAUCUUCCGCGAGCGCAGCAGGGAUCGAAUCGACGACCGCAUCUCGGAAGAGAAGUCUAGCGCCGAGUACGUGGCCAGCGCGCCGAGGACACCGGUCGAGGCGUCGCCAGAAUCUUCAGGAGAACGGAGGUCAACAGACUGGCGAGGGUCGUCGCAAAGCCCCUCUCGCAAGGUCGUACAACGCCAGACGGGCGAAAGCCACAAGUCUCACCGCAGCGUUGCUAGCGUCAAGCUGCGCAGCGACGACCCUGGCAUUCGAGGCCUCUUCAAGGGGGCUCGCUUCGACAACGUUAUUCGCGGUGGAGUGUCGAAGCUCGGCGAUUUGAUCUGGCGUAAGGAGUCGGACACUGGGGAUCUCUUGUCUGAAGUUGAGGGCACGACGACAGAUGAAUCGGACACAGAGCAGAGGGGCAGACGAAAACGAGGCGAGAUACCGCUCUCGAGGACGGCCUCGAUUAGGAGUCAAGGGCUACGCCAGCAGACGACCAAGAGCUACUUGGACGUCAUGCCCACCUUUGAAUCUGCUUCCGCCAACAAGCUGAGGCACACGGAGAGCGAGCCAGCACACCUGCCAGACAACUCGCCGCCUUCGGCGAGCCGUAAGUCGCCUCGUUUCGAUAGGCUCAAGCCACCGCGCAUCGAUAUCAUGAACGCAUCGCCAACCUCGUCACCAGGCUCGCACAAACGAUUGUCGGAUGUCUCUGAAAGCGAAGUGUUGUCUGGUGGUCGCAUAGCGGACGUCAAGGAAGCAGACAAGCGCCUCAACUCCAUCAUCGCCAUGCCGCCAUUUGUCCCCGAUGGACGCCCCGGAUCUGCGUCCAAUCGCAGCCGACACUGGUCCAUUUCAGACCACAGCCCCGCGCCGGAACGGGCUCCCAUGUCGAAGCGGGAAGUGGCCCGUCUUCGUGCGCUGGUCUUGAGCUCUGGCAUCAAAGCCAUGGAAAUCACUCGCCGCGCCAACGAGCCUCAGCUCGUGUUUGCAGAUCGGCCGAGGCUGUCACAGAACGACUUCACAGUCGCCAACGUCUUUUGGCCCGAGGUGGCCAAGCUCAGCCCCGACCCGGCCAACGUGCGCAGCAAGGCCGUCUCCCAGACGGAGCUCUACCAGUUCGCGGCCAAAACCCUCGGCAACUCGAUCCAGUGCGCCGGCCAAGACUGGCAGAAGGCGGCCGACCUCUUCGUGUCGGAUACCGUGCCCGCUCUGCACCGCCGCGUGGAAGACGUCCGCCGGCGCGUCGCCACGGACCUGUCCGCCAUGACGCGCGCGGCGGCCGACGAGGCGGACGAAACGAGCCGCGACCUCACCCUGGGCCAGAGGCUGAAGAUCAAGCACACACUCGACGUCAUCGAGACGAUGCUGCGACGGCGCAGACGUAGGUUCCGCUGGGUCCGUCGCGCCAUGUGGCUUGCGGUGGAGUGGGUGCUCGUGGGCUUCAUGUGGUACGUCUGGUUCGUCGUCAUGAUCCUGCGCGUGUUUUGGGGCGUUGGCCAAGGAGCCGUCGGGGCCGUGAGGUGGCUGUUGUGGUUGUGA